UAUCUCAAAUUCCUAUCUAUUCAUUAACCCCAGUGUUUAUCGUACAGUCCGAAGAAGAAGUCACUUUACUGUUUGUUUGUUUUACUUCUCUCAUCGCUUCCUGCAUCCUCAUCAUCGUGAUCAUGCAAACCUUGAGGAGCUAUUUUACACCAUGGUCAUCUGAUGUAAGGUUGGAUGGCAAAACUGUAGUGAUUACUGGCGCUAAUACCGGGAUUGGCAAAGAGACUGCCAUUGAUUUGGCCAAAAGAGGUAUGCGGGUCAUCAUAGCCUGCAGAGAUAUGGAGAAAGCUGAUGAAGCUACGAAAGAGAUUGCUGAAGUUUCUGGGAAUCAGAAUGUUGUCUGCAAAAAACUUGACCUGGCCGACUCCAACUCCAUUAGAGAAUUUGCCCAGAAUAUCAACAGUGAGGAGAAACAACUCAAUAUCCUGAUUAACAAUGCUGGAGUGAUGGCCUGUCCGUAUGGUAAAACAGCAGAUGGUUUUGAGAUGCAAAUCGGAGUCAACCACAUGGGUCACUUCCUCCUGACAUUUCUAUUAAUUGACCUACUUAAAAGAUCAGCUCCAGCUCGGAUCGUCACAGUGUCAUCCAUGGCACAUAAGUGGGGGACCAUCAAUCUGGAUGACAUUAACAGUGAGAAGAGCUAUGAUAAAUCAAAAGCUUACAGCCAAAGUAAACUAGCCAAUGUGCUCUUCACUCGCUGCUUAGCCAAAAAACUACAAGGUACGGGAGUGACGACAUAUGUCCUUCAUCCUGGUGUAGUGCAGACAGAACUGUGGAGGCACAUGAAUCGACCCCAACAGGCAGCCAUUUGGUUGAUCAAGCCCUUUACCAAGACAUCGGUGCAGGGAGCUCAAACCACUAUCUACUGUGCAGUAGCUCCUGAGCUGGAGACAAAGAGUGGCAACUAUUACAGUGACUGUGCACCUGCAAACUGCUCUAGUGCUGCUAUGGAUGAUGAUGUGGCACAGCGACUCUGGGACCUUAGCUGCCAGAUGCUCAGGAUAACAUGGGACUAAAUCUGCUGACUGAUUGUUGUAAAGCAAAUAUCUCAGUGUAGUUUCCUAGCAGAGUCUUAAAUUGCCCAAGAAAUGGCUUGAUGGCCAUGAAUUGAUUGCAUAUAUUGACAUAUUUUCUUUUAAAACAGCUAGUCAGGAAGG